ACCAGGUGGGGGCAGUAGGGUUUUCUGGGGGGCAAGCGUCCCUCAGUCCCUCUGCUUGGAGAAGGAAUGUGGCCUGGCAGGCUGGUUAGGAUUGAGGAGGAGCUUUGGGGCAGGGCGGGGCCGGGGCAGGCUGAAGCAAGGACUCCUGCUGGCACUGCACUCUCUGCUGCUACACAGCAAGGCCCUGCCGCCCACCUUCAGGCCGUGCAGCCAUGUUUUGGGCGCCCUGACCCCACGGAAGCCCAUGGGGAGCCCUGGACUGGCAGCCCUGCUCCUGCCUCUCCUCCUGCUGCUCAUUGGCCUCUCUGCCUCUGCUGGGAUUGCCUGCCCCUACUUGCCCCACUGGAGCACCCGCUGUCUGCUGGCCUUCCACAUGGAUGACAGGUUCACUGGAAGGGCUGCUGCCCAUAUUCCUUGCCGUAUCCAACUGGCCAUCCCCCUCUCCCCAAAGCCCUGGCGUGCUCGGCUCUGGCGCUGCCCCUGCUGUUUGUGCCUGCUUCUGGUGUCAGAUCCUUCAGGCCUUCUCUGGGGCUGGUUCCACCUCCCGGUGCAGAAAUCCCACAAGUCUUACAAAUUCCAGUUCUGUAGGAGACACAAGAUGCUGGUAUCUGCUCAGAGGGAGCUGCUGAGGAGCCAUUGCCUGUCUAAGAAGGGCCAUCACAUCUCCGCCCCCUCCCCAGACAUUUUCCACAAGAGGCUACGCUCCAAAAGGACCCAACCUUCGGAUCCAGAGGCAGUGGAAGGUCUCCCCAGACCUGGCUCACAAAGGCAUGGAGGGCCUGAGUUCUCCUUUGACUUGCUGCCUGAGGCACGGGCUAUUCAAGUGACCAUUCCUCCAGGCCCUGAGGUCAGCGUGCGUCUUUGUCACCAGUGGGCACUGGAGUGUGAAGAGCUGAGCAGUCCCUUCAACGCCCAGAAAAUUGUAUCUGGGGGCCAUGCUGUAGACCUGCCUUAUGAAUUCCUUCUGCCCUGUCUGUGCAUAGAGGCAUCCUACCUGCAAGAGGACACUGUGAGACGCAAAAAAUGUCCCUUCCAGAGCUGGCCUGAAGCCUACGGCUCGGAUUUCUGGAAGUCAGUGCACUUUACUGACUACAGCGAGCACAGUCAGAUGGUCAUGGCCCUCACACUCCGCUGCCCACUGAAGCUGGAGGCCUCCCUCUGCCAGAGGCAGGGCUGGCACACUCUCUGUGAAGACCUCCCCAAUGCCACGGUUCGAGAGUCUGAGGGGUGGUAUGUUUUGGAGAAGGUGGACUUGCACCCCCAGCUCUGCUUUAAGUUCUCUUUUGGAAACAGCAGCCACGUUGAAUGCCCCCACCAGACUGCCCCGUCCUGGAAUGUCAGCAUGGAUACCCAGGCCCAGCAGCUGAUCCUUCACUUCUCCUCAAGGACACAUGCCACCUUCAGUGCUGCCUGGAGCCACCCAGGCUUGGGACAGAACAGCUUGGUCCCCCCUGUGUACAGUGUCAGCCAGACUCACGGCUCAAGCCCAGUGACACUAGACCUCAUCCUUCCCUUCCUGAGGCCAGGGGGCUGUGUCCUGGUGUGGAGGUCAGAUGUCCAGUUUGCCUGGAAGCGCCUCUUGUGUCCGGAUGUCUCUCAUAGACGCCUGGGACUCUUGAUCCUGGCACUGCUGGUCCUCACCACGCUAUUGGUUGUUGUUCUGGUCCUCACCCACCGGCGCCCACUGUCAGGCCCGGGCCGAGCGCGGCCGGUGCUGCUGCUGCACGCGGCGGACUCAGAGGCACAGCGGCGCCUGGUGGGAGCACUGGCUGAACUGCUGCGGGCAGAGCUGGGCGGCGGGCGCGACGUGAUCGUGGAUCUGUGGGAGGGGACGCGCGUGGCGCGCGUGGGCCCGCUGCCGUGGCUAUGGGCGGCGCGGGCGCGCGUGGCGCGGGAACGGGGCACGGUGCUGCUGCUGUGGAGUAGCGCCGGCCCCAGCCAGGCCCGGGGCCCCGAUCCCCGCGCCGCGCCCCUGCGCGCCCUGCUCCGCGCCGCCCCGCGCCCGCUGCUGCUGCUCGCUUACUUCAGUCGCCUCUGUGCCAAGGGCGACAUUCCCCCGCCGCUGCGUGCCCUGCCGCGCUACCGCCUGCUGCGCGACCUACCACGCCUGCUGCGGGCGCUGGACGCGCGGCCUUUCACCGAAGCCGCCAGCUGGGGCCGCCUCGGGGCUCGGCCGUGCCUGCGUGGUCGCCUGGAGCUGUGCCGCCGGCUGGAACGCGAGGCCGCCAAGCUUGCCGACCAAGGCUGAGCGGAGCUCCACCGCAGUCCGGAGGAUGUCUGUGGCCGCAGGCGUAGGGGCACUGGCUG